GAUUUCUGCGAGUAAAGUCGACGCGACAAUCCGUGCACAUCUCUCUCUCCGCACGCAACCAUGAGACUACCAAUUCUCCUUGUCGUAAUAUCGAUCGCGUGGGCGAAAACGGAAAAUGUAGGGAGGUCUGCUCGCGCGCCGCAAGAGCAAAACGCCGAUAGUGAUGGUGCGAGGAUCAAUUGGGAGUACCUCGCGCCCCAGAGCCAGUUGCGGCCGCAGCGGCAGUACGCUCACAAUCAGCGGGCCCAGCGUGCCGAGGGCGGCUCACCCCAGCGUCUUCGACAGGCCCCGCAGCACCGUGCCCCGGCGCCUCAGCCUCAACAGCAAGUCCAGGCUCAGCCGCAGUAUUACAGCUACAAGCCGUACUCGGCGGUGCCGGGCCACAUCAGGCAGCUGAUCGAUUCGGUCUAUCAGCCGCAAGCUCCCUACGUCGAUCCCACGUCUUUCAUUUACGGCGGCAACUACUUUGCGGCGGCACCGCAGCAACACGGCGGCGAGCAGCAACCAACUCCGGCCGCAUCUGAAAUUCCUCAGGGUGCCUAUUUGCAACCGUCCGCGUCGGCGAGAUAUCAGUCGAUCGAUCCUCAAUUAGCGCAGCCCAGGUACGAGUACAGCGACAGGAGAGUGGAGCGUCAGGAUAGAGUCGUCUACAAGGAAGAUUACGAGCAACUGCAACAGCAGCAGCAGCAGCAGCAGCAACAGCAGCAACAGCAGCAGCAACUGCAGCAACAUGUCGCAGCGUUUCCGUUAGGAUCCAUACCCGAAUCUCCGAUGCCUGUCCUAUAUUUGGACAGAAACAUGCCUACGGAGAUCAAGCAGUUGCUAAAAUAUCAGGCGCAGAUACCGUAUGACGUCACAGCGAAUCGCAUUCAGUACACACCGAAGAGCGUUUUCGUCCCCAAGCCGUUGUCCGACGACGUCAAGGGAUCCUAUUAUUAUCGUAGCAAAGUUUACUAUCCAGACGACGACAGCGUUGACGCGGGGUAUUCGCAGAACAAGCCGGUCGAGGAAAAACAGCGCCAAUGACCGAGAAUUGGUCUAUAAUACGGUUUAUAUAAUUUAAUGUUCUAUUUCUCGGCAAUCUUUGAAGAAGAGAUGGCUCUAAGAUUCGCUCGAGUUGAAUUUUUCCCAUUUUUUUUUAUUUUCGCGGAAAUAGUUUUCAGCUUCUUGAUAUUACCAAGGCUUCGUUAAGAUGAGUUACACGCUUUAAAUUAUUGUAUUGCUUGUUGACAUUUUAAUGUAUUUUUUAUGCCGUGUAUUUGACAGCAACCCGCUGCGGUCGUUUUCUUUGACCGCCGAAAACGGAAUGAAUGAAUCAACGUCUGACAAUUAGAAUUAAAUGUGCUAAUUAGACAGAAUAACUGCUUUAUAAUUAACAUAACAAUUUGUCAAAGAGAAAAUUUAUUCUUGCAGAAAAUUAAGAAAUUAUCUCAAUUGGAUUUCACGAAAAUUUAUUCAAUCCAUAAUUAAUGAUGACAACAGAAAACUCAUUGAAACAGAAAUGGUAAAACUGAUCCAGCAGACUUUCCUUCGAUUAAUUUUCUGUUCGUUUUUCAUUUCACUCAAUUAUAAAUGUGUAUUCAGUUUUUCGUGUGUACGUAAGCUAGAGAAUGUGCAUGAUUACACGGUAGCGCGAAGAAUGUAAUUUUUUUGUAACGAAAUAAAUCGUUUCCGCUUCUGG